CACGACUCGAAGGUCACCGCACUCGUCAUCUCCUCAGAUGGGCAGUGGGUAGCGACGGCCUCCUCUGAUGCCACGAUCAUCCUCUGGGAUGCCCGAGAUGCGUCUAUCUCGCAAGAGUGGUUUGCCCAUCACAAACAGGUCCUCAGUCUUACAUUCUCACCAGACUGUCGACGCCUUGCGUCCACGGGUAGGGAUUGGAAGAUGAAUAUGUGGGGUAUUAGCCGCAGCGCACACCAAUUGGCCGCCCUCAAAGGUGACACAGCACUCUCUAGCGGCUGCGCGUGGUCCAGCAACGGUGCUUACAUCGCAUCCCGAGACGAAUACAACACGAUACAACUCUGGGACAGACGAACAUUCCAGCAGCUGCCACUCGACGGCCCCAAGACAUCAUGGCUCGAGCCCCUGUUCUCCCCUGACAGCCGCUGGCUUCUGCGCCACGUUGAUGACGAUGUUCGUCUUUGGGAUGUGGUGUCUGGCACAUACCUGCCGCUCAGACUGGUCCGACGCCUGGGAUAUGACAGAGACGAUGCACCCCACAAGGCCGCAUUCAGUCCUUCGAGUACACACCUCGCUGUCGGAUACUCGAACGGGGUAGUCCGUGCUUGGGAUAUCCGGGGGAAUGGAAGUGAUAAACUCGGGGCUGUGAAGACAAGGAUUAGAUCCGACUAG